AUGGCUCCAACAAAUAUUCUCGUCACUGGCGCUGCCGGCUACAUAGGCGGGUCUAUCGUGGCGGACUUCCUGACUGGUGUCGUUCCGUCUCUCGAGAAGGGCAAUAUAAUCGCAGCUGUUCGAUCAGAGGAACAAGCUGCAGCGUUAUCCGACUCCGGUGUCAACGUAACUCGCCUCGAUCUCACCGACGGAGAGGCAGUCGCCAAGACAAUCGUAGACCACGACAGCACGCUUCGCGGUACUGGUAACGAAAUCUUUGCAAUUGAGAAACAACUUGCGGAUUCCUACCCUGUGCGCAAAACUGACGUCACCGUUAUCGAACAAGCGCAAUCUCAAGGUGUCAUUAGCUUCAUAGUGAUCCCAUGUCUCACACAUGGCAAAGGCACAGGAGCCUGGAACAAGUUGUCGGUCAACAUACCAAUCGUCAUCAAUGCAAGCAUUAAGCGCAAAGAAGUCCGGCGAUUUGCAGACAACAUCAAAGUGUCAUACGUACAUAUCUCCGAUUUGACUGCGUUGUAUGGCCGCAUCGUCGAGAAGAUACUGCAAGGCGAAGAGCCACCCAGCGGAUCAGAAGGAUACUAUUUUUCCACGUCGUAUCAAAUCUCCUCCCACCACUUCGCAGACCAGCUAGCUGCAGCCCUUCACGCUCGAGGUCUUGUUUCAAGCCCGAAACCAGAGGUCUGGCCAAGCGCCGAGGCUGCCGCGGAAGCCCUCGGGGUUCCUGCUAAGUUCGUGGAGUAUCUCUGGAACUCAGGGUGCGUAAUACACUCUCCACAGCUGUCACAGGCUAAUUCUAUCAGGGACGAUGCCCCUUCGACCGGCAUAGGCAGUGGCCCGAAAAUCGGUUGGAAACCAAAGUGGGACGAAGAGAAGUUCUUCAGACACAUUGAUGAUGAGGUUGACGCGGUCUUGGAGCUCGGAAAAGCGAAAAGUAGCUUGGUUGACUCUUUGUUCGCCGCUGCCAAAGAGUAG